AUGUGGGCGCGGUCGAUUCGACUGGUGCGGCGCGCAGCGCUGCUGGCCCCAUUCGUGCUGACGGCGCUGGCGCUGCUCUUGCUGCCGCGCCCGCCCCCCUAUCGGUCCUCUGCCAGGCUACCCUCUCCGCCUCCGACCACGAUACCUUAUAAGGAAGAGUCUUUUGCACAGAACGCGAUAACUGAGAGUGAAAACGAGUUGAACAAUGACGACGAUACGAAGCGACCUUGGUUCAUGAGCGGGGGGGAAAGACGACCUAGGCACCAUGACAAAAUGGCAAGGCUUUUCCCGGAGGACCUGCCUGGGGAAGACAGAAUCGUCGAGCAGUUAAUGUACACGUUGCCCAAGGAUGAAGACGUGCCAAUGAAAAAGAUUCUGCUGGCUAAUGGUCUAGGCACGUGGGGAGUGUCGGGAGGCCGGACGGAGUUCAUCAGAAACAAGUGUCCAGUAGACAGAUGCACCCUGACAGCGGACUCGAGAGAAGCGGCCACAGCUGACGCGAUCCUGUUUAAAGAUCAUCACACGCCGUACAAUAUUAAGCGGCCACCAAGCCAGAUCUGGAUUUUGUACUAUCUGGAGUGUCCGUACCACACCGCGUCCUUACGUCCGACGUCCAUUGACGUGUUCAACUGGACAGCUACGUACCGUCGCGACUCCGACAUCGUAGCGCCCUACGAGAAAUGGGUCUACCACGACCCGGUGGUCACAGAGAAGGAACUAGAACGGAAUUACGCUGCGAAUAAGACAAAGAAAGUCGCCUGGUUCGUGUCAAACUGUCACGCGCGCAACCGUCGGCUCCAGUACGCGCGACAACUUGCCAAAUAUAUCCCCGUGGACAUCUACGGCGCGUGUGGCCCGCACCACUGUCCCCGAACAGAUCCCAACUGCCUCGAAAUGCUGGACAAGGAGUACAAGUUCUACCUCGCCUUUGAAAACUCCAACUGUCGGGACUACGUGACUGAGAAGUUUUUUGUCAACGGGUUGCAACACGACGUGCUUCCAAUUGUAAUGGGCGCAAGGCCACCUGAAUACGCUGCGGUCGCGCCGCACAAUUCAUACGUGCACGUGGAAGAGUUCGCCAAUCCUGAGGAAUUGGCCACCUACCUACAUCGGCUGGAUGAAGACGAUACGCUUUACAAUUCGUAUUUCAAAUGGAAGGGCACUGGCGAGUUUAUAAAUACCUACUUCUUUUGCCGAGUCUGCGCCAUGGUGCACGCGAAUGCUCGGCGGCAGCGAAACGCACAUUACACGGACGUUCAAGCUUGGUGGCGAGACGCGACCUGCACGCGCGGCGAUUGGCGAACGACGGUACGCGACUCACGCGACAACGGCUAA